CGCCGGAGCAGCAGAGCCCAUGGCGUCCGAGCGGCUCCCGAGCCGGCCUGCCUGCCUCCUCGUGGCCAGCGGCGCCGCCGAAGGAGAGUGUUUCACCCCCUGGAAGAAGCCGGAAGCCAGCUUGGGCUGAGGGGCUGGGAUCCCGGUGGCACCAUCAAGUUCUAGUCCCCAUUUUCUGAAACCUUCGGUCACGUGUGGGUGGCAUCUCUGCACGGGAAGACCAUGGACUUCGUUGACGUGAAUGAGAGCAAUGCACGCUGGGUGCAGGACUUCCGCCUCAAGGCCUAUGCCAGCCCCGCCAAGCUCGAGUCCAUUGACGGUGCCCGGUACCACGCCCUCCUGAUUCCCAGCUGUCCCGGAGCCCUGGUUGACCUGGUCAGCAGUGGAUCCCUGGCUCGCAUCCUGCAGCACUUCCGCUCCGAGAGCAAGCCCAUCUGCGCUGUGGGCCACGGCGUCGCUGCUCUCUGCUGUGCCACCAACGAGGACAGGUCCUGGGUGUUCCAAGGCUACAGCAUCACUGGGCCUUCUGUGUACGAGCUCAUCCGGGCGCCCGGCUUCGCCCACCUGCCCCUGGUCGUGGAGGACUUCGUGAAGGACGCAGGCGCCUGCUUCAGUGGAAGUGAGGCGGCCCUGAACAAGCCUGCCCGCGGAUGCCGCCACCUGCAGACAUCCCGGGUGUCCCCAGAGGCAGCUGGACUCUCAGGCUUCUGGGGACCCCACCUUUGUGACACCCCAGCCUGGCCUGGUGGUCUUGCUGGGGGGCUCUGAGACUCCUCCCUGAGGGGUGUCAGCUCUGGGGGAGGGGCCGAGCCCCCAAACCUGCAGUCUCCUCGGGGAGGCGGCCACCGAGGGGGCCAUGUUGGCUGCCAGGUGGUCCUGGAACAUCGAGUGUCCCACGGAGUCGGCUGUGGGGUCCCGGGUGGGGUCUUGGCUCCUCUGCCUGUCCCUGUUCACCCGGAUACGGGAGCAGAGCCUGAGCCUUCCUGGAAGCUGGGUGACUGCCGGCCAGGACCCCAGGCUCCCGUUUCUGUGCAGAGGGUCUUCCCAGGCUUUGGGUGUGGGUGGGGAGGGGCCCGGCGGCUGGUGCUGAAGAACCUGCCCUCACCCUUACCCUCGCCAAGUGCACGGUUUCAAAUAUGUUGGUGACCCCAUAUAUGGCCAGGGUGGACCUCGGGGUAGACGCUGCAGUGUCACCACGUCCCUUCUGACGUUGAGAGAAAUGCUUUUAAAAUGGCACACGGCCCUGCCCAGGUGGCCUCGGGUCCUGACAGCUGAGCCUGGUUUUGCAGCUGCUCUACUUGUCUCUAGGUGGAUGUGAUGGAGCCCUGAGCUCCACUGGGAAGGAGGCCCUGAGUGUGGCCGGCUGGCCUUGGUUGGCAGGGGCGGCGGACAGUCCUGGGGCUGCCAGGCAGCUGUCCAGGCAGCCGACUUCCAGGGCAGCCUGUGCGCUCUCCAGUGCCGCCAGGCACCUGGCUUGGCCUGUGGCCCUUGGCUGGGGCGUCCUGGAGCGCUCUGGUCCCCAUGUGUCACCCUUCUUGUCUCAGCUUGACUGGCUCUGCCCAUCCAACCCCUCAGAGUGAAGGAGGAGGAAGCGGGGCACCCCCGAGUCUGAGGCCCCUUCACUCCAGCUCCAAAGACAAGGCUGUGAUGCUCCCGCAUGUGCUCCUCUCUGUCCAGCAUCUCCCGGUGUCGGGGCCCCUGACACCUGCUGGCCUGCUCUGCACGUGCAUGGCCUGGGUGGCCCCAUCGGUCAUCCCGUGUCAGUGGUCCUCACAUGGUGACAGACAUUUCUAGACGAGGUUUUUUAAAAAUGAUGACGUCUUCAGACCAAGAUCUGAGUGGCCUCUGUGCUGGGGGUGGGGGCAGCUCAGGGAAGUGGCCGCUGGGUGGGUGUGGGUGCGGGUGCGGGUGCGGGUGCCUGUGCCCCCUGGGGUUUCCCACAUGCCUGGGGUGUUUAAACAGACCCUGGGAUCUGUCCAAGGGAA